AUGGCAAAGACCACGUAUUUGGCCCUGUUUUGUUUCUGCGUGCUGAAGGGCAUCUGCGUCCUUGGGAGGGAUCCCGAAAGUGGACUGGAGAGGAUAACAGAGUUUAGGCAGCAGCACAGGAAGACGCUGGACGGGAGGCUAUGCGCUGCUGCCUUCCUGCACGACGACCAGACAUACACGGACUGUACCAGCGCGACUUCUCCUGACGGGACUAGCGGGAGAGAAUGGUGUUACGUGGAAGUGCAGCUACUGGGGAAGGGGUCCCGUGACUGGGACUACUGUGCGAAUGAAGUGAACUACAACAAGCUGAGGCUUCAUGCGAAGAAGGUUUUCGAAGAUAAGUCUAUCGAGGCAGAUCGAUUGAAAGAGAGAUUGCACGUGCUGAACAGCCGAGUGCAUAGUAUGUUACAAAAAUAUGACUCCGUGUGUGGAAGCAAGCACCAAGUGGUAGCCUCCAGAAUAGGAAAAAUAAACCAGUGGGUUGAGACCAGUGUAGAAUCUCUAAAGCGAAUUGAAGAAAACGCUACCGAUUUAGACGCAACGAAAAAUAUAAUGGAUAAAGUACAGAUGGAGAUGAAACGAGAAAGUAAUGGAUUCAUAGAUGCAGAACACAACUGUGAGCAUCUUGAUGGGUAUGAAAAGGAACCGCACAGUGAUGGGCUCAAAGUGUCCUACUUUAAUAACCCCUUCUUAGAAGGAAUCCCAGUGGAGAGUAAAAUGGAGAAGAAAAUCAACUUUGCCUUCAGCAAUAGAGGACCAUUGGAGAUGAUAUCUCCCUACAGAUACUCCCUCCGAUAUGAGGGGUACCUAAUGAUUCCACACAAUGGGUUGUACACCUUUACAAUCGAGACGAACUGCUACGCGAGGCUGCUAUUAAACGGGAAGGUUGUCCUCUCACACGGGUUUGCGGAAUCAGGUAGAAAAGAAGGGAGAGGAGGAAUGGAGCCGACACAGACGUUUAGUAGAGGGGACCAGUCCUCAUUGGAGUUACCAGGGGGAGGGAAGGCUUCCUUGCUGGAUCUCCAUGGGGGAGUCGUCUCUACGUUAGUCCAAAUGAAUGACGAACCGAGCAACGUAGUGAAGGUGUCCAAGCCAAUCGAGCUGGUCGGGGGAGAAAAGAGUAGGUUCAUCUUAGAAGUGUCCCACUCGUCUCACUUGAAUUACGAGAAUGGGGGGUCCUCUCCACAUGGGGAUCGCGGCCAAAAGGACGAAACCUCCUCAGCGACCUCCUUCGCAUUAUUUUGGCAGUCCAGCAGAAUGGAUAGGCAGCCCAUUCAGAGUAGCUACCUAUUCCAGGAUAAUGUGGUCCCUCCCGUGAGGUUCUCCGCACUGGAUGCAGACCUCUUCGACAUCGGAGUAGUGAACAAAGAAGAGCCCGUCUUUAUGGACGAUGCCAACUGGGUGAUCAGCAGCAUACCGAGUAAGUACGUCGGUUUGCAUCUGCUGAAGACGAAUUUUAGACCCCAUUUUUCACACUUCUCUGUAUCUAUGAACACGGGUUGCAAUAUCUACAUCGCUGCACCGGUAGGGGAGAUCUUCCCCCUGAGUCCGUCCAAAGAUGGAACGACGUGGAGAGCAUUCGACACGGACGACGACACGGUGGAAGUGGUUCAAAAUGUAACAAAGGAGAAGAAGAUGUUUAAGCUCAAGUUCAUUCCUCUGAGGAAUGAGACGGUCUUAAGAUUUGAUGUCCUUGUUGGAGUUCCCUUUUGGAUUAUGUCACAAGGGAGGAAAAUCUUACCAACAAUCUGUCCGGGGGAUGAGGAGGUAUUGUCGAACCCACAGAAUGAGGCGUUUAAAGAGUGUACCGCAUCGAGUAGUCUAUCUCCUGAAUUUGACUGCCUAGCUGGAUUGAGCACGUAUCAUAGAGAUAAGAAGAAUCACACGUGGAGGAGUUCCAAUGGAUCUAUAGGUCAGUUUAUAAAGAUCUACUUUAAGAAGCCUGUACAGAUUAGUAAGUUUAAGUUUAAGCCCAGAGAUGACAUGCUGACUUGGCCGUCGGAAGUGGCUCUCCAUUUUGAUGAUGAUGAGGAGCUAGUCCUACCAAUCCUGCACACAAACAAUAUGGACCAUAAUACGACUCGGUUAGAACAUCCAAUCAUUACUACAUCGGUGAAGAUAGAAGUGAGGGACAUGUUUGAAAGAGGAAAUGAAAAUAUGAAUAACACAGGGGGUUCUUUCGAAUUAAUUGGAAGCAGAUGCGACCUGAUGGAAGACGAUUAUAUGACUCAUCAUGCAGUGAUAGACAUAACCCAGUGUGGAAGCACGUUAAAUACGAUGCCAGAUGUUAUGCCUUUGAUGAAGGGGAACAAAGUACUUGCCAUUUGUCAUCCUAACUGUUUGGAGAACGUCGAUAAGGAAGUUGCUUACGGGUCCGAAUUUUACUCGACCGAUUCAGCUAUAUGUAAGGCGGCGAUACACGCAGGGGUAUGCAACCGUGAUGAGAAAGACAGCUGCCACUUCCUAAUUGUAGUGAAUUCUGGUCAGGCAAACUUCGUCGGAACGUUGCAGAAUAAUGUCAUGUCUCUCAGUCGAAGCGGUAACUCGGAUUUCUCAUUUUCCCUCUCCCGUGCGUUCCCCACUCGGGGUGGUUCCAACGGGUCCUACGGAGGGAGCACUCCGAGUAGCUACUCCGUCGUGUUUAAGUCAAGUGACAAUUUUGCUUUACCGAACGGGUUCUUAGUCGACUCGGGGAGAGAGUUCACCGACUACGGGAGCUUUGAAUCGAUCUCCCUCAAGGGGAACUCCCCAUUCGCGGGGCUCUCCUCCGGUGGGAUCGAAUUUCCCCCUGCCUCAGCUAGCCAAAAUUGUAUUUCCGAACUGAACUGCCAGGCCAACUUCUGGAAGUUUCAGACACACGAAAAUGGCACCUACUCGGUGCAGGUGCUAGUGGGGAAUAAGACAUCCCCUGAGAAGCAGAAGGCCUUUGUCGAAGUGAAUGGCAUUCCCAUCAUAAAGGGGGUAGAACUUGGACGUGACGAGGUGUUUGUCGCCACGGAGAGCGUCCAGGUGACGAACAGGUCCCUCGUCUUCACGUCCACUUGCCUCGGCGGGGAGAGCGCCUGCGCGCGGGCGCAGGUCAGCAUCCUGGCCGUUCAGAUAGUGAAGGGAUAA